AUAUGGGGAUAUUGUUGAGAGAGCGUCUAUAAAUUGCGUUGCAAAGGUCGGGACGAGCACCCUCAGCCCGUCAGACGCCGAGACAAUCAGACGCCGACCCGGUUCACUCUCAGGAUGUCCAUCACUAAGAUCCACGCUCGCGAGAUCCUCGACUCCAGAGGAAACCCCACUGUGGAGGUGGAUCUGUACACGACUAAAGGUCGUUUCAGGGCAGCGGUUCCCAGCGGUGCUUCCACUGGAGUUCAUGAGGCUCUAGAGCUCCGAGACGGAGACAAAACCCGUUACCUGGGCAAAGGGACUCAGAAGGCUGUGGACCAUGUGAACAAGGACAUCGCUCCCAAGCUGCUUGAGAAGAAAUUCAGCGUCGUCGAGCAGGAGAAGAUCGACAAGUUCAUGCUGGAACUCGAUGGAACAGAGAAUAAAUCUCAGUUUGGUGCUAACGCUAUCCUGGGCGUGAGUUUGGCCGUGUGUAAAGCAGGCGCCGCUGAGAAGGGCGUUCCUCUGUACCGCCACAUCGCCGACCUCGCCGGGAACAAAGAUGUGAUCCUGCCCGUACCUGCGUUUAACGUCAUCAACGGCGGCUCGCAUGCUGGAAAUAAACUGGCCAUGCAAGAGUUCAUGAUCCUGCCGGUGGGAGCCAAGAGCUUCCAUGAGGCCAUGAGGAUCGGCGCAGAGGUUUACCACAACCUGAAGAACGUCAUCAAAGCCAAAUACGGCAAAGACGCCACUAAUGUGGGAGACGAGGGCGGUUUCGCACCAAACAUCCUGGAAAACAAUGAGGCUCUGGAGCUGUUGAAAUCUGCCAUCGAGAAGGCCGGUUAUCCUGAUAAGAUCAUCGUUGGAAUGGAUGUUGCCGCUUCGGAGUUCUUCAAGGCUGGUAAAUAUGAUCUGGACUUCAAGUCUCCAGAUGAUCCAAAACGCUACAUCACUGGAGACCAGCUGGGAGAUCUGUACAAGAACUUCAUCAAGAACUAUCCGGUCCAGUCCAUUGAAGAUCCAUUUGACCAGGAUGACUGGGAGAACUGGAGCAAGUUCACGGGAUCUGUGGACAUUCAAGUGGUGGGAGACGAUCUGACGGUGACAAACCCCAAACGCAUCCAGCAGGCCUGUGAGAAGAAGGCCUGUAACUGCCUGUUGCUGAAAGUCAACCAGAUCGGCUCUGUUACGGAGUCCAUCCAGGCCUGUAAACUGGCGCAGUCUAACGGUUGGGGAGUGAUGGUGAGUCAUCGCUCCGGUGAGACCGAAGACACCUUCAUCGCUGACCUGGUGGUCGGACUCUGCACGGGACAGAUUAAGACCGGUGCCCCCUGCAGAUCAGAACGUUUGGCCAAGUACAACCAGCUGAUGAGGAUUGAGGAAGAGCUCGGUGAUAAGGCCAAGUAUGCAGGCAAAGAUUACCGCCACCCAAAGCUGUAACUGAUUCAGUGUAACGGCUCUAAUGCUCUGUUUCCUUUUCUAAAUAAGAAGUCAUUAAAAAAAUAAAAAAAGUAAAAGAAA